AUGAAGCUUAGUCCGUGUGGCAGAAUCGAGGCUCGGUACGCUUGUGAGUCCUGUCGGGAUACUCUUUCACAGAUUCAGCCCUUCAAGGAAUUUAUGCGACAUGCAAACCACCUGCAGCAAUUCGCUGAUACGAUCAAGGGAUUACUUAAUACGACUCUCUGCGACGUGUCGUUGGAGACACCGGAUGGAGCCAAGAUUGGUGCACAUCGCUGCAUCCUUUCCGCCUGGUCUCCCGUCUUUGCAAGAAUGUUUGGAGGCGGGUUCAAAGAAGAGAAAGCUGGCUCUAUUCACAUUGAGGACAUGAAUCGUCAAACUCUGGAGAUGCUUCUCAAUUUCAUGUAUACAGGAGAUGUAGAGGUAACAGAGGCGACCACGAAGGAGCUGGAGCUGUUAAUCGCAGCUGACAAAUAUGGAGUUGAAGCUUUGAAGAAGCUCCUGGAUGCUGCUCUUCCCAAGCACUUGAAUGGAGAGAACGUGUUUGAAUGCUUGAAGGUUUCCGAGAUGCACAGUGCGCCGACUUUGAAGGAAGCUUCUGCAGGUCACAUAUGUGACAAAGUGGAUCGUGAAUCAAGUUUCAAGAAGCUCAUGGAAUUAUUGUUUGGGGAUGACAUGAAGGACAGGGUUUUGGCAGAAGAGGUUUUGAAGAAGGUAUGGUGUCAGCAGAAGACAUGA